AUGACGACCAUCACCGGAUUUACUUCUCACGACGUCCGAUUCCCGACUUCUCUUGACCAAGUUGGCUCAGAUGGCAUGAAUAGAGGCCCCGAUUACUCGGCCGCAUAUUGCAUUCUGCAGACAGACUCCGAGCACAACGGCUAUGGAAUGACUUUCACUAUUGGCCGUGGCAAUGAUCUCAUAUGCAGUGCCAUCGAUCUUCUUGCCCCGUUGAUUGUCAACCGUAAAUUAGAGGAAUUGGUGCAGAACUGGGCUCAGACGUGGCGCUAUCUCACAUCGGAUUCCCAGCUCCGAUGGGUCGGGCCUGAGAAAGGAGUCGUGCAUAUGGCGUUAGGUGCUGUGGUAAAUGCUAUCUGGGAUUUAUGGGGCAGAUCCGAAGGGAAACCGGUUUGGAAACUCAUCGCCGAUAUGUCCCCUGAGCAGGUCGUGCAAUGCAUCGACUUCCGGUAUCUCACCGAUGCAAUCACCCCGGAGGAGGCGAUUCAGAUGCUUUAUGAAACACAACAGGGCAAAACAGAGCGAAUGGAGGAAGUUGAAAGCAAUCGUGCCGUGCCAGCAUAUACCACCAGUGCCGGGUGGCUCGGUUUCAGCAAAGAUCGAAUGCGUGAGCUGUUGCAGCAAAACUUGGAUCAAGGCUUCAAGCAUUUCAAGUUAAAGGUUGGCGGGUCUGUCGAGGAAGACCGAGAGCGACUGCAACUGGCCAGGGAGGUUAUUGGAUACGACCAGGGAAAUGUUUUAAUGGUGGAUGCAAACCAGGUCUGGUCGGUACCGGAGGCUAUUGACUAUAUGAAAUGUCUGGCGGAAUUCCAGCCGUGGUUUAUCGAGGAGCCCACAUCGCCAGAUGAUAUUCUGGGCCAUGCCACCAUCCGCAAAGCCCUUCAGGGUAAGGUAGGGGUUGCAACUGGAGAGAUGGUUCAGAACCGUAUUUUGUUCAAACAGUUGUUGCAGGCUGGCGCGAUCGAUGUCUUGCAGCCAGACGCUUGUCGGGUCGGCGGCGUGAAUGAAGUGCUGGCAAUUCUUCUUUUGGCGCGGAAGUUCAAAGUACCGAUUGUGCCUCACUCCGGUGGUGUUGGUCUUCCAGAGUACACAGCGCACCUGAGCACUAUUGACUUUCUGGUCGUUAGUGGACAGAAGAGCAUCCUCGAAUACGUAGAUCAUCUUCAUGAACACUUCCUCGAGCCGGCUCGAACUGAAGCUGGCUAUUAUGUCACACCACAGGCACCGGGAUACAGUGUUCAGAUGAAGCCAGAGACUUUGGAGAGAUACAGCUUUCCCGGGGGACCAAAAGCUGGUGGAGAAGCGCUGAAGCAAAUGGUAUUCUUCAGGGAGAUCGCGGAUUAG